CGCUGCCAGCCGGAGUAAACGUCACUCCAUCAGUCACCCCUCCCCCUCACAGUCCUCUGUCGUGAGACACACGCCCACACAUGGCCGACUACCACGUUGUGGUUGCGGAAGAUCCCGAGGGGCGACUGUAUACGCCCGCAUCUAUGCGGAUGAGAAGAGGUCCAUCGACGUGGACACAGGAUGAGUACACCAUGUUUGCUGUCCAGCAACGUAUCGGGCUGGGGAAGAAGCCACGGAGAGUCACAAUUCGGGUCUCGCCCAACGACUUGGCAAUUCUGGACCCGAGCGAUGAUGACAAGGUCAUCUCGACCCAUCCGUUCACCGCCAUCCGGACGUACCAGGCCGACACGGCUCGGCACUCGUUUGCCUGGCAGGAGGUCUCGGGCUCGGACGAUGUAGUCCAUGAAGUGUACUUGCCGGAUCCCAAGCGCCUGCAUGUGUUUGUGACUGAUACCGUUCGCGCGCUCGCGCGCAAGAUCCAGAUGGAGAAACAGGCGCGCAAGGCGCGCAAGGUCGCCGAGCAGCACCAAAAGGAGCGCGAGGAGGCACUAGCCGCUGCCCAUCCGCCACCGCUCGAGCCGCCGCCACCGCCAUCGAGCACUGCGACUCGCAAGCGGACUAUCUCGUCGUCCAAGCAUGCGUCGGCUGCGACCGAGGCCAUGCUCGAGGGCCUCAUCCGCAACGCGUCGGGUGACAUCAACCCGUCGCUCUCACCGAUGGCGACCCACUCGGGCCUCCGCGAGCGACGCAACUCGCUGGCGGACCUCCUUGCCCGGCGCCCGUCCAAGCCGGACCUGAUGGGCUCGUCAGUGAUGCAGUCACCGCCGGCCGAUGCGCCCAUUCUUCCGUCAGACGUGCUGGAAGCGCGUGUAGCCGCAGGCGAGCCCGUUCCGCGGUCGCCUCGUCCGCGCCUGGCUGGAUCACCGCGCGGCACAACCGCCACCGGCUCGCCGCUCAUGCGCGCACUCUCGGUGACCAAGCUCGAAGCCAAGCUCCAGCGGCGGCCGUCGUUGGAGGAGAUGUCAGAGCGAGGCCUCAUCCGCCACGAGUCCGAGGACGAGGUCCGGCAGUUCAACCGCGAACGCCGCUCGUCGAUCUCCGACCAUCUCCGGCGCCGUCCAUCGGUCGACCAGCUUGUGGAAGCGUCGAUCCUCGACGACGACGACGCCUUCUUUGCUGCUCUCCGCAGCUGACGACACCCACCCGCCCACCGCCCACCCAUCCCUACUCUGCUCAUCACAUGGUCCGGCAGUAACAAGCUGCAAAAUCAAGCAAAGCUACCUGCCUCUGCUG